AUGAUAGAGUUUGAUGAUACAAGUGAUUACAUUUCAGAAAGCAGUAGCCAGCAAAUUAUUGAUAAACUCAAAUAUCAACUCAAAGAAGCAAAUGCAGAAAUAGAACGCUUGAAAUCUGAAAUAUUUUCGUUCAAAGAAAAGCUUAUUCAUGCAAAUAGUGAAAUUAAUAGACUUCAAAAACAAAACAAUCAAAAUUCUCAAAUAAAUGCAGAAGUUAUUGAAUUUAAAUUAAAACUGCAAGAACUAGAAAAGAAAAAUAGAUCGCUUAUGGAUGAGAAUGCACUUCUUACUCAAAAAAUGCAACAGGAAGCAAUAUUUAAUUCAUGUUCUAAAAAUAUCGAACAAAAUAUCUUACCUACUAACACAACUUAUACUCCUAAACCAGACAUAACAUCAUUAAUUAGUCAACAAAAGGCAGAACUCGAAAUUCGAGAUCGUAAAAUCCAAAAUCUCAUAAAGGAGAACGUACUGAAUAAAAACACAAAUUUAACUACAAGAAGUCAACCUAUAAAGCAACUGUCUAAUCAAAGCCCAUCCCAGCUUCAGAUUGUUCAAGAAUUCCAAUUACGUGAGAGAAUGACUGAGCUUCAGAAAGAAAAUGUUAUAUUAAAGCAUAAAUGCAAACAACUAUCGCAGAAUUGCAAAAAAUAUCGAAAUUCUUCCCAAAAUCAAGAAAAUCAAAAUAAAGGAAACCAAAUCACAUGCCACAACUGUCACGCUGAUGAAAUAUUAGCGACAUUACUCCAAAAGGAAUCGUAUGAAAAAAAGAUACAGGAUUUAGAAGAAUCUUUAGCGAAUGAAAAAGAUAAAACUUAUAAACUAAUGCUAGACAAAUCUCGGCAUUAA